AUGGAGCCGAUGGAUGCCUGCAAGAUGGAUCAGAAAUCAUGCAAGUAUGUCCAAGAAUUGGUAUCUUUGGACGAGAAGAAUGUCAAAAUUGACAUGAAUUCUGGGAAAUUCGACAAUGUGAAGAUCGAAGCAUGUUCAAAAGAAGGGAUUUUGUGCAUUCGUACAGAGAAAUUCCCUGUCAGGACUUACUGCGUCGGGAAGCCUACUUCGGGACAAUGGUGCACUAUACCGAACCCGGAUCCGAUUCUGUUUCCAACCGAGCAAAUCGGUUUGGUGGUGUUGAAUUCCGACCCUCUGACGUUUAAGAUAGUAACGCUUUCGCCACUAUCCGGGAAUUAUCGGGCAGCGAAUUGCUAUGGUUAUCGAUGCAAUAUCUUUGAUUCGAGGACGUGGACAUGGAAGAGGGCUGGCUACGUAGUGUUACCAAAAGGGGUGUUGUUUGUUCGACAGAAUGAAUCCUUAGUUGUGAAUGGAUUGAUACACUGGCUCACCACAGACGGUUACGUUGUUGUUUUCAAUCACGAAGACGAGACUUAUCGUGAGGUUUGUGUUCCUAAAAGGGUGAAUAGCCUCAAGAGUUCUUUAAUGGAGUACGAAGGGAAAUUAGGAUUAGCAACAACAUCAGAGAAAGAGGGGAAAAACCAACUAUGGGUAGUGGAUGAUUCAAGACUCAAUCGUAACUGGCGUUUGAUCAAACAAUAA